AUGAGUCAUGUGACGGGGACAUUUUCUUCAAUUCUUAAAUCUGCCAUUGAUAGUUUAUUUGCUGAACAUGGAUUGAGUUUGAAACAGGUAAGAGGGCAAGGUUAUGACAGAGCAAGCAAUAUGCGGGGUGAGUUCAAUGGAUUAAAGGCCUUGAUCUUGAAUGAAAAUAGCUCGGCAUAUUAUAUCCAUUGUUUUGCUCACCAACUUCAAUUAGUUGUUGUGGCGGUUGCCAAUAAACAUGACGGAGUUGAGAACUUUUUUAAUAUGUUAGGAAUGGUGAUCAAUGUGGUGAAUGCUUCUUGCAAGCGUAAAGACAUGCUUCGACAAAGUUACAAAGAUAGAGUGCAAGAAGCAAUUGGUAAGUGUGAAAUUGAUACUGGAACAAGGAAAUGCCAAGAGCUUUCUCUUAUAAGAGCCGGAGAUACACGGUGGGGUUCUCAAUACAAAACCAUUUUGAGCUUGAUUGCUUUGUUUCCGAAUGUUGUUGAAGUGCUCCGAUAUGUUGAAGAGGACGGGGAUAAUGUGUUUUAG